GCUGAACGGACCUUCAUCAAAAGCUACAACCAGGAUUAUUUUUCGUCGGCCAGCAUGAGCAUUACCUGCCGUUUGCUGGAGCUGUUACGGUUAAUCAAGUUGUCGAUAGAUAUAGUGCUUGUGGACCGUUGACUGUCCAGUCGUGGGAACACUAUCUGCUUCAUCAGCAUCGUGAUUACCAUCACAAUCAUCGCCUUCUUUGCAGUCAUUUGCGGACGACAACAUCUUCUCUGUUUAGGAAGAACCGUAACUGCCUCGUCCGCCGCUGCUAUUGCUGUCGCCGUUUAUGUGCGUGUUCGCUUGUAUCGGUUUAUUUGUGUGUCUUUCUUAGUCUGUGUGCCUGCCUUUGCAAGGCAUUGAACAUUUUGUCGUCGUUGCAAUCCUUGUUGUAGCUAGCAUUGCUUUUAUGAUGGUCGAGCGUGUGCUUGGUGACGAUGCUUGCCCAGGUGGGCCGUCGUCGUGUCUUGACAGCUGCCCCGAGGCUCCAGGUUAUGGCCUGUUGCCGUCACGGGUCUCAAGCCAACUGCGGUCCUUUCCUUUCGUCAUCGACGAAGGCGCCACGCUGCACCACAUUCACUGUCGUACUAUUACUGCGGCCUACAGCAGCCGCAGCACAACCGGGCGCCAGCUACGACGACAGCAUCAAAUGUGAUAGUGGCUGUCCGGUCCCAUGCCCAUCUCUCACUCGUUCGUUCGUUCGUUCGCAGGAGCUGCCUGGCAGCCUCGCACGCCUGCAGCAUCAGUCGCUGGAAAGUCAGUCAGUCAGUGGUCGAGCAUCACCAUCACUGCUUGUUAUGCUAGUAAUAGACCUGUAAUGGCGCUUUUCCCUGUGGUACUGAAGCUGUUUUAGUAAGCCGUCAAUAGCAGGGCAAUUGUCGGCAUCUACAACAAAGAGACUGACAAAUACGGAACGACUGAAUUGGUGUCUGAUCGCAUUGUAUCGGUGACACACACAACGGACGCUGUCAGCAAUUAGUUGAGUGGUAGUAUUCCUUCCAGUAGCGGAGUUUUCCCUUUAUUGGGCCGUAGUAAGAUUGAACUACGUAAGCCUUGCCAUCAAUGGCUCCGCUAGUGCUAAUUGUUUAAAAGUGAUCAAGCCAGGUAGGUGUAGUUUUAUCACAAAGAUACUGAAGAUCUGUCUAACGGCUUCAGUCGAACUUGUGCUAUAACUUGUUUCCGUCAGUAACGAUCUCGGAGUGUUUGCACAUCAAAGUGUUCACGGCCUAUGCGCGAACACUGCCACAUCUAGAGCCUAUGAGGAGGCGAUAACUAGUGAAAUCUUUCUAGCCAUUAAUGCAGAUCUACAAGAGAAAGUGAACUUUUUCGUCUACUUAAUUCGGAGCGAACGAGUGGAAUUUAGUACGUAACGUGCAGGAAUACCUUUAAAACGGACGUCGAAAUUAAGAGAUACGACGUGAACGCUUAGCCUGCGACGGGCCAUAGAAAGGCAUGAUGCAGCAGUAAACGGUUAGGGCCUCGAGGAUGGCCCGCGAGGGGGGGUCGCGAUCAACACUAGAAAUGCGAAUGCCCUCAUCAAGAUGGCGCUACCACAAAAGUCUAGUUAGUGUGUCGUUUUACAAUGGCAGAACGCCCACACUACGUGCGCCGAAUCAAUGCAAAAAUCGGAGACGGCGGAGGGGGACUAUGAAAUCCACGAUACCCGAUCUUUACAUGAGCUUGAUUCUAGUCGUAGUCGUUCUUUUCGUCCCCAUGUCAAUAGGCGCAAAGAUGGGAGCAAAAAAGUCAUGUUCAAACGCCCAGGGAGAGAAAGGCCGAUGUAUGUUCGUGUGGGAGUGUAUUAAAACUGACGGCAAGCACCUUGGAACCUGCACAGAUGGCUUUCUUUAUGGGAGUUGUUGUGGCAAGCCAGAUCACACAGAAGACAGUAAACCAUCAACACAGGUUCCGAGUCAUGACAUAGACGAUGAGGAAAACUCAUUGGAGUCACCGUUAGCAGAAGCCUCCCAGCCUCAAGUAAACGGUAUUGCAUCGGCGUUCAGUGGUUUAGCGAGUAGCAGUUCAACAAACGCAACAUGGGAGCCCAGGCCAUUGCAACAACACAUGAAACCCGCCGGUAGUCCAACGCUUCCUACAGUUCUUAGCAUAGCCAAUCUGCCAGUGCAGCAUAAGCAGCCGGUGGCUAUAGGCGGGCCCUAUUUUCAAUUCAGUCGUCCACCAACUAUGACAACUUUGAUGACGCACAGUCUACAGCGAUGGCCGCCAACGAUACGGCCAACGAUUGUCAACUCGUUUUGGUCAAUCUUUCGGCCUCGACCUACACUUCUUGUCAAACCUGGCAUCACCAUGCCAAUCAUCGCGUUAAAACCUGCCACGACUCCUGUUCGACCUACUAUCAUUGUGAGUUCUCCAUUAACUUCGCCCCUAAUGCAACCAUCAGUAACUUCACCAGCCAGUGUAUCCACUAUUCAGAGGUCUUCGACGACUACCACAACGACGUCAACGCAGGCAACUACAAAACUUCAGAUACCAACUUUGAAACCACAGCCAUCGACCAGCAACGGAGGUACUUUGGCAGCAGCGGCGGCGGCGGCAGAAUUUGAAAACAAUUUCAUUGAGACCGGUGGAACCGAAUCUUGCGGAGUCCCACCAUUAAGGCCACAGAAAAAGGUGGUUGGAGGUAAAACAUCAUCCUUUGGUCAAUGGCCAUGGCAGGCCUCGGUGAGAAGAAGCUCCUUCUUCGGUUUCUCUUCCACUCAUCGUUGUGGAGGCGCAAUCUUAAACAAGAACUGGAUAAUUACGGCAGCACAUUGUGUUGAUGAUCUUCUUGUUACACAGGUACGCGUACGGCUCGGCGAGUUCGAUUUCUCGUCAACACAAGAACCGUAUCCAUUCCAGGAACGGGGGAUCACUGCUAAAUACGUUCACCCACAGUAUAAUUUUUUCACGUAUGAAAACGAUCUUGCGCUUCUUAAAAUGGAUAAGUCACUUCAGUAUAUGCCGCACGUGGCCGCCAUAUGCCUCCCUCCUGAUACCACCGGAAACCUGGUAGGCCAAAACGCUACGGUGACUGGAUGGGGCAGACUUAACGAAGGAGGUGUUCUACCUUCGCUGCUACAAGAGGUUCAGGUGCCGAUUGUUUCAAACGAAAAGUGUAAGACAAUGUUUCAAGCAGCGGGCCGCAACGAAUUUAUUCCUUCAAUAUUUAUGUGCGCAGGGUAUGAAAAUGGAGGGAAGGAUUCAUGUCAGGGUGACUCCGGUGGACCACUCCAGGUUCGAGAUACCAGUGGGCGAUGGAUGUUAGCGGGGAUUAUCUCAUGGGGUAUUGGGUGCGCUGAACCGAAUUUACCUGGCGUAUGCACACGCAUCACUAAAUUUAAACCUUGGAUAGUCUCUACCAUAAGGAAGCAUAGUUGAGUCCUUCUUAUCUACUAUAGAUACAACACAGAUCUCCUUUUGACAAAAGACGCAAAGUACGCCGGUUGACGCAGGUCAAAAAAACUCGAUUUGGUGAAAAAGAACAAAAAAGCAUCCAUGCAUUUGCCGUACAAUUUAUUUACCAACAAAAAACUGCGCGAAUCCGAGCUCUGCUUUCAUUGCGGGGAUACCGAAAGGAUGCGUCUACUUCUCCUUCCUCUUGCGAAGGUUUCGAGGAACCAUACUGUUAAGCCAGCACUUCUCCCCUGUCCGCAUUCGUGUCUUGACAAUUUAGACGUAUGCACAUUAAUCCUGCUAUACACGUACAAAGCGUGUUCAUACCUGCACGUACAGGAUGACGAGGAUCACCCUGUUCCGCAUCUAACUCGCAGGAAACACGUAGAUGAAUAGCGUAGUUGAGUUGUAACAUUUCUAUAUUCCUAUUAUUUAGUGUUAUUAUUCUAUAGCGUUACAAUGAAUACUGUAUUGAUUGAAAUUGCUCUAUUACCGUUAAUGUUACUUGUCAAAUGCUUAUUACAUAGUAGCGUAUGUACUGUAGAGUUAAGUUAUCCUUCUACUGAAGUAAUUUGCGUAUGUCUUGCUACCUCAACAGAUACAAAAUGAAAACCCUCUAGCUGCCAAGAGACUUCUGUGUGUGUGUGUAAGAAAUUAAUUACAUCGAAUAAACCUUAGCUGACACUAGAUACAAUUCGCGUAUAGAAACUGUUUAUAUGUUGUUUUAGUUCUUCCAGAAGAACGAUUAUCCACAGGUAGAAUAAAAAUUCUUAAAAUGGGGCGAUGCCUUUGACCGAAAUAUCGUUGAAACACAUAAAUGACUAGCCUGCAUACGAUACACGUUAGGGGGUAUGCAGCAGGAAGAGCCAUCGCCUACAUAGGAAAGAAGCUUGUGCAAAAGGUGAAGAGUGAUCGAUAGCACUGACAGGUAUCGCAAAAGCACGGUACUCAAAAUUACGUAAUUAUUAAGCUUCGAUGCGUGCACUUGGGCGUCGUCGAAAACUUAUAUAACAAUCGUUAGAAUACACCUGCAUAUUGCAAGUAGGUCGCUUGUACAACGGAAAAGUUCCUUUACUGGACGUCCCAGCGCAUGACUGUUUCAUAGUACUGUGAUUUAUAUAUUGAACAAAACUAGAAUUAUCUUGAGGUCGAACGACACUCGACAUCUGCUGGUAGACAAUAGUUACUUUAGACUUAAUUAUUAAUGUUUCCAAUAAUAAAUGAAGAUUUUCAUACAGUACCGAAGAGCGAUUGAUGCAUAAUGAGACUGUCUAUGUGACAGCAAUCUUCUAACCACUUUUUAAAUAUCACCAGCUAAUCUCGUCGUAUUGCGAACACAGUGGACAAGGGUUAUUUCUGUUUUUGUGCGGAAUCUAAUAUA